AAGCAAUAAUGAAAACAAAAUUUGAGAACAAAAUCAGAAGAAACUACCGAACAAGAUAAAUUCAGGAACACUAUAAAGUGCUUGUCACGAGGAAGAAAUACUGUAGUGGAACCAAUACGAUAUACAGGAUCAUUAGGUAAUAAUUCUUGUAGAACUGUAUUAUAUUAGAAACCAAUUACUGGAUCCAAUUUGUGUGAAAUUGUGUCGACUACAACUAAGGGAGUAGGAAGUUUAUAAAGUAUUAUUUAUCUAUGAUCUAAACAUUUUAAGUUCCCUUAAGUAUAUUAAUAUAAACGACAUGAUGUCGAACAAUUCAAAUCCAUCCGUAACUCAACAACAAGAACCAAAUCGAUCUCAGCCACAACUACAAUCAUCUCAAUUGAUUAAAAGAUCUGCUCGAGAUUAUCAGUUUGGUCAAAAGAUUGGUGAAGGAUCAUAUUCUAGUGUUUAUUCAGCAGUUGAUGUUCAUAAUGGUAAAACUUAUGCCAUUAAAGUUCUCAGUAAACAAUAUAUAGUUAAAGAAGAUAAAAUCAAGUAUGUUAAUAUAGAGAAAACAACAUUACAUCGAUUAGGAUUACAACAUCCAGGAAUUGUUCAAUUAUACUAUACAUUUCAAGAUGAAGCUAGUUUGUUUUUUGUAUUAGAUUUUGCAGAAUAUGGUGAAUUAUUAUCAAUUAUUAGAAAAUUUGGUUCAUUAUCUGAACCAGUACUGAAAUUUUAUAUGUGUCAAAUUGUCGAUGCUGUAAGAUUUAUUCAUCUGAAGGGAGUUAUUCAUCGAGAUUUAAAACCCGAAAAUAUUUUAGUGGCUCAUGAUUUCAGUCUUAAAAUAACUGAUUUUGGAGCGGCUAAAUUAUUGGGUUCAAGUGAUGAUCCUAAUGAUGAAGCUAUUGAUUAUAAUUCAGUCAAUCAAACAAAUGGUGAUACGGCUGUAACCACAAAUCAAGAUCGUAAAGGUUCAUUUGUUGGUACGGCUGAAUAUGUAUCACCUGAAUUAUUAAAGCAUAAUAUUUGUGGAUUCGAAAGUGAUGUAUGGGCAAUUGGUUGUAUAUUAUUUCAAUUUUUCAAUGGAGUUCCUCCCUUUAAAGGUGAAACAGAAUAUUUAACUUUUGAAAAAAUCAUUAAUGUUAAUUAUAAUUUUGCUCCAGGAAUUCCUUAUCCUCCUGAAGUUGUACAAUUAGUUAAAAAGAUUUUGGUGGCUGAUCCUGCUUCUAGAUUAACAAUUCCUCAAAUAAUGUCUGAUAGUUGGUUUUCUGGUGUACCUUGGGAUGAUGUUAGUUAUAUAUGGUAUCGAAAAGUUCCUAGAUUUGAACCCUUUAUAAAUUCUAAUCCUAAUCCUAAUAAUAUUCCAACUUCAAAUUCAAAUUCAGCUGGAAAUUUCACUCCAAUAAUAAAAUCGGGUAGAAAUGUUAAUAAAUCAAAUUCUUAUCAACAAUUGCAUAAUCAAAUUCAAAAUUCAGACUUUAAUUUCGUACCUUCACUUGCUAAGAAAUCAUAUCAACCGGCUACAAAGAUAAAAAAGAACUUUCUUCAACCAUCUCCAAUGCCAAUGCCACCACCUCAACCAGUGGGGUUGGCUCCAAAAUUAAAUAAUAUUAAUAGGAUUCAACCUAAUUAUGUUAUAGGACCACCUCCAAGACCGCAACAAAUGUAUCAAAACAACAAUACCAAUAAUUCUCCAAAACAACCAUUAUCCAAUUCUCCUUCUCAACGUGAAGUACCCAGUACUACAAUCAAUGAAGAUAUUCAGAGACUGUCUCCUCAAUCUGCAGCUCCUGAAUCCCCAUCUAAAACUGCCCAAUUUAACAACUUACGAAAUAAUACUGCAUUUGCCAGCAUUGCAGCAUCAUCAUCUUCAACAAAUGUAACUAAGGCCACUUCUUCAGCACCUAAAUCAUCAGUACCUAUUGCACCUAAAUCAACAGUACCUAUAGCUCCAAAAUCCGCUGUUCCACAUGCACCUGUGAAGAAAGCAUCACCACCAGUAUCCGUGAGACCUAAACCCAAACCUAUCACAAGUGCAAGUGCAGCAGCAGCUGCUGCUGCAGGUGGAUCUUCAAAGAGUGUAAUGACACAAACACUGCAGGCAACUCCCAAACCACUGCAAGCUGAAAAGGUUGUUACAAAACCAUCCAAACCAAAUCCAAACCCAAGUACAUCACCUGUAUCAUUACCAAAAGAAUUAUCAGGAAAUGUAAUUAAAUUCCGAGAAAUUUCUAAUUUACUUGAACAAAAUGAGAAGAUUUUAAAACUUGAUACGAUAUUAAAACUGCAAUUGAGUAAUAAGGUUUUAAAUAGAAACUUAAGUGUACCAUUAGAUGAUGUGUUAAUAGAUCAAUUAGUUACUCAGAAUCUGUAUAAUUUAGAAAGACAUGCUAUUCCUGUGGUAACUAUCAUUACUAAUCUUGCUCGAGUAUUCUUUAUUGAUAGAUCACUUAAUGUCAUGCUAGUAGAUUUAAAGGCCAAUCAAGGUGCUGAUUAUCUGAUGUAUGAUUAUGAGUUUGAGAGUAUAGCUAUAGAUGAAGAUGAUCAAUCUGUUUUAGGAGAAGAUGUGUUUGGUUACUUAAUAUUGGAAUUAAUUAAAGAAGGUGGAGAUUUAAUAUUCUUGAAAAGAAUUAGUCAAUUAGAUCGCUUAUCUUUAAAUAAUCCGGUUAAAGUAGUCGACAAGAAUGGUGAUGAAGUCAAAUUGGGGAAGAAUUAUGGAUGGAUUGAUUGUUUAUUAAUGGCCAAAGAAAUGGUAUCUAAGGAUAUUAAGGAACCAUCAGGAGUAGAUCGAGGUGCUAGUCCUGUACCAGCUCCAACAUCUGCUUCAAUAUCAACUCCUACACUUACAUCUACAACUACAAGUGCACCAGCCAAACCCACUACUAAAUCAAAAACCAAGACUUCAGCCCCUAAGAUUAAGAAAACCAUUCAACCUAGUUUUGGUAGUUCAACUGCUGCAUCAUCAUCCCCUAAACAACAACAAAUCAGUAAAUUUGCAUACGCCGCAGCUGCAGCUGCUCAUAAAUAGUUUUAGUUUUCAUGACAUCGUCGUCCAUUACAUACAUACAUAUAUACAAGUAGAUAUUUAAGUAGAAGUUAAAGUGAGAAAGAAGACUUGAUCAAUAUACAA